AUGGACGAUGACCCCGGUAUGAUCUCUCAAAUAGUCGGUGUUAUCACAGGGCUGUCGGGAGCGAUGGUAUUAAUAGGCGGGAUCACUCGCCUGGGUUUCCUCGACAAUAUCCUCAGCCGGCCCUUCCUGAGAGGAUUUAUUAGUGCCAUUGGCUUCAUGAUCAUCGUCGAUCAGUUGAUCCCGCAACUGGGCCUUACCUCGCUGGCAAAGAAAAGUGGCUCCGCGCAUGGUAGCAGCAUUGACAAAUUGGGAUUUCUAUUUCGAAACAUAUCUUCUGCCCAUGGUUUGACAUGUGCAGUUGCAUUUGGUAGCUUUGCAGCCAUCAUGGUUUUCAGGACUCUGAAAAGACGUCUGGAACCACGCUUCCCCUCUAUUGUCUUUUUCCCUGAUCGGUUUCUUGUUGUCUUCCUCUCCGUUAUCCUCACCUGGAAACUCCAAUGGGAUAAGAAGGGGUUGGAUGUCCUUGGUUCCCUCAAGAACGAAGGGAAUCCGACUUUUGCCUUCCGCUGGCCAUAUAAAAUGUCACACAUGCGACAUCUUCCAAGCGCGAUGAGCACGUCCUUCAUCAUCGCACUACUCGGAUUCUUCGAGUCGUCUAUCGCCGCAAAGGGCCUUGGUGACGGAAACAAUGGCGGAAUAAAAGCCAAUGUAAUUGGUGGAUGCUUCAUGUCACUCCCUGCAUUCGGAGGAUACGGCCGAAGCAAGCUCAAUGCUGCCACUGGUGCAAACUCCCCUAUGAGCGGCGUGUUUCUGGGCCUAAUAACUCUGAUUUGCAUUCUCUUUCUGCUGCCUUAUUUCUAUUUUAUGCCUAUGGCUAUCCUUUCCUCUAUGAUUUCUGUUGUUGCCAUAUCUCUCAUCGAAGAAGCACCUCACGACCUACGUUUCUUCUUUCGUCUCCGUAGUUGGUCCGAACUAAGCCUAAUGCUCAUAAUCUUCUUUUCAACAAUUUUUUACUCGCUCUAUCUCGGCAUCGCGCUGGGCAUAGGCCUCUCCAUCCUGCAGAUAAUCCGCCACGCAACCAAACCGCGUAUCCAAAUCCUCGGAAAAGUAUAUGGCACCAAAGACCGUUUUGAGAACGCAGAAGUGCAGCCUGAGAAAGUCGAAUUUAUCGACGGCUGUCUAAUCGUCAAGAUACCUGAGCCUCUAACGCUCCGCCGCCUGGAGUUCUACGGCACGACUGCUGCGCAUCCUGCUCUACCACGCGUACGCCCCCCAGAACAUAACCGGAAUAUGAUCUUUGAUAUACACGGUGUCACGAGUAUUGAUGGCUCGGGGAUCCAGGUGCUUAGUGAAAUUGUCCAGGGCUAUGUUGAUCAAGGGGUGCGAGUGUUUUUCUGCAGGUAUCCACAACCCGGGACGGAAAUAUUCCGGAUGAUGGAAAAGAGUGGAAUUGUUGAUGCCGUUGGGGGUGCGACACAUUUCGUUCGCAGUGUUGAUGAGGCGCUCCAGUUGACGGAACCGGUGGAGGUGGAUCGGCCGUGA